UUUACAACAGCACGACCACCGAGCAGCUCUGAGUGUGUGUUCGGAAAACUCACAAUGCAUGGGGGUAAGAGAGGACUGGUGGCCCCGCAGAACACUUUUCUGGAAAAUAUUGUCCGGCGCUCCAGCGAAACCAGUUUCCUGUUGGGAAAUGCACAGAUCUCGGAGUGGCCGGUCGUUUACAGCAACGAUGGAUUCUGCAAGCUAUCUGGAUAUCACCGAGCUGAAGUCAUGCACAGGAGCAGCUCGUGCAAUUUCAUGUAUGGUGACCUGACUGAUAAGAACACAAUAGACAAAAUCAGACAGACCUUUGAUAACUACGAGUCCCAGUUCUAUGAGGUGCUGCUCUAUACAAAGAAUAGACUGCCAAUAUGGCUCUACAUGCAGGUAGCUCCAAUCAGAAAUGAGAACGACAAGGUGGUGCUCUUCCUCUGCACCUUCAGAGACAUUACACUUUUUAAACAGCCGAUAGAAGACGAGUCAACUAAAGGAUGGACAAAGUUUGCCAGACUGACACGGGCUCUGACCAACAAUCGCAACGUGGUGCAGCAGUUAGCUCCACUGAGCAGCACCGAGGUCUGCCACAAGCCGUCCAGACUGGCCGAGGCUCUCCAGCUGGGAUCAGACAUCCUCCCUCAGUACAAGCAGGAAGCCCCGAAGACCCCCCCACACAUCAUCCUCCACUACUGCACCUUCAAGACGACCUGGGACUGGGUCAUCCUCAUCCUCACCUUCUACACCGCCAUCAUGGUGCCGUAUAACGUCUCUUUUAAGACAAAGCAAAACAAUUUGGCCUCGCUGGUGCUGGACAGCGUCGUGGACGUCGUCUUCCUUAUUGACAUCGUGUUGAACUUCCACACCACCUUCGUGGGUCCUUCUGGGGAGGUGGUUUCAGACGCCAGGCUCAUACGCAUGAAUUACCUGAAGACGUGGUUCGUCAUCGACCUGCUGUCCUGCCUGCCCUACGACAUCAUCAACGGCUUUGAACAUGUAGAUGAGGAUAUCAUCGCCUCUGCUACUCAAACAAGUAAUCUUCGGGAGUCUUUCCACAGGAAUACCACACGAACAGAAGAUUCGUUUCUGCCACAGGGUCUCAGCAGCCUGUUCAGCUCCCUGAAGGUGAUCCGCCUGCUCCGGUUGGGCCGGGUGGCUCGGAAGUUGGACCACUACCUGGAGUACGGAGCAGCUGUCCUGCUUCUGCUGGUGUGCGUCUUCGGUCUGGUGGCCCACUGGUUGGCCUGCAUCUGGUACAGUAUCGGGGACUAUGAGGUCAUCGAUGAGACCACCAACACCAUAAAGACGGACAGCUGGCUCUACCAGUUGGCCCUGAGCAUCGGGACUCCUUACCGAUACAACGCCAGCGGGACGGGACAGUGGGAGGGGGGACCCAACAAGGACACGCUGUACAUUUCUUCUCUCUACUUCACCAUGACGAGUCUCACCACCAUCGGAUUUGGGAACAUUGCUCCGGCCACAGAUGGAGAGAAGAUUUUCUCCGUGGCGAUGAUGAUGGUGGGCUCGCUGCUAUAUGCGACUAUCUUUGGAAACGUCACCACCAUCUUCCAGCAGAUGUACACCAACACAAACCGAUAUCACGAGAUGCUCAACAACGUGCGCGACUUCCUGAAGCUCUACCAGGUUCCCAAAGGUCUCAGUGAGCGGGUCAUGGACUUCAUCGUCUCCACCUGGGCCAUGUCAAGGGGCAUAGACACAGAUAAGGUUCUUUCAAUUUGUCCCAAAGACAUGCGGGCGGACAUUUGCGUGCACCUCAACAGGCAGGUGUUCAACGACCACCCUGCAUUCCGCCUGGCGAGCGACGGCUGCCUGCGCUCUCUGGCCGUGGAGUUUCAGACCACCCACUGUGCCCCUGGAGACCUCAUCUUCCACAUCGGAGAGAGCGUCGACACCCUGUGCUUCGUGGUCUCCGGUUCACUAGAGGUCAUUCAGGAUGAUGAGGUCAUCGCAAUUCUAGGUAAAGGUGAUGUGUUUGGAGACGUGUUCUGGAAAGAGACCACCCAGGCGCGGGCCUGUGCGAACGUCAGAGCUUUGACUUACUGCGAUCUGCACGUCAUCAGGAAAGAGGCUCUGAUGAGGGUGCUGGAUUUUUACACAGCGUUCGCCAACACGUUCUCCCGCAACCUCAUCCUCACCUGCAAUCUACGGAAACGGGUCAUCUUCAGAAAGAUUGCAGACGUGAAGAGGGAGCAGGAGCGCCAGAGGAACGAGGUGACUCUCUCCAUCCCCGAAGACCACCCGGUCCGCAAGCUGUUCCAGAGGUUCAGGCUGCAGAGAGACGCUCAGACCCCGGGGGAGGCCUACUUCGAUCACAACUGUGUGCAGGUGGAGCCGCUGCACCACCAUAACUCCGACUCAAACUUGUACACGCAGUGUCAGUCUGUCCCCUCUCAGCAGCAGGAGUACAGCUCCUCGGUGCAGAAUAAUGCCCCCUGCACAGAAGGGGGGUCCGCAGGGAGCAUGGUAGCCCCUCCACAAACACUCAUCCACACUGAGGCGUCGGAGCCAAGCGGCACACAGGAAGCCGGGGAGUCGAUAGCGAGGCCCGGUGGAGAAAACCAGCUAUGUCUGAAGGUCAACAGCCCCGCAAAGGUCACUGCUGCAGGUGGAGCUGCCGGUAUCAAAGGGGCUCGAGGCUGGGCAAAGUUUAAAAGUGCCGCUUCAGCCGCACCUGCCGCUUCAGCCGCACCUGCUGCUGCUGCUGCUGCUGCUGCUGCUGCUGCUGCUGCUGCUGCUGCUGCUGAGCCGGAAAAGACUCCACAGAAGGCCGAGGAGUGGCCGAAAGGGUCCGAGUCCUCAAAGCAGUUAGCAGUCCCCAACAAGAACUCAGAGGAAGAUGGAGAGAUGGGGAACUCAGAGGGGGGCAACGGGGCGGAGGGGACAGAGGAAGAGACGAGCGCCCUGCACAAAACUGACUCCUGUGACAGCGGCAUCACAAAGAGCGACCUACGCAUCGACCGAGCAGGAGAUUCAAGAAGCUCGUUCGAAAGGAGCCCGAUGGAAAAGAGCCCGUUUGAGAGGAACCCGUUCGAGCACAGCCUCGGGGUCGACCCCCUCAAACACUCUUUUGUUCAACCCGUGUCCGAACAAGCGCUCCUUCAGGCCGUCCUGCACGAGGCCAAGCUGGAGCUGAAGGGAGACAUUCAGAAACUGAGCGGCCGCCUGUCGGUGCUCGAGUCUCAGGUGAGCGAGAUCCUCCGCCUGCUGUCGUUAAAAAGACGACUCUCUCUGCCACCGACCUCCUCCCCGAAGCCCAGAGUGAGACACCAGGAGCCGGCCGCUGACUCCAAGCAGGGCACACCCAAAGUUGACGACGGGCCUUUUUGAUUUUACUAAUCAUAAAACCUGGAUCUGUUGAGGAACUGAUGAAGCACCAGUUUCCAUGUCCUGCUGGACUCUGGCUGCCAAAGAAACUUGCAUUAAACACUAGACUGCAUGAGGAAAUCCCCUUUUAACGUUAACUAAGCACUACAGAAACACAGGGGUCUUCACUUAUGAGGCCCUGUGUAUGUUUGAGAAUGCCAAAUAGAAACAAUUAAUGAACAAACUAUUAGGAAAGUACUUAUUGUUUGGAAACCUGCACAUUUUAGAAGCAUUGUAAACAUGCAGAGAUACGUACCUCAUAGCUGAUAAAAGCAUUUUAGCCUGAUAGGAGCUGAGGUCAAGUCACAUUAUUUCCAUUCUUUCUAAUUUAAGUAUUUUUGUAUCAUUUGUAUGAGUUUCCUUAUCUUUUUACAAUUUUUAUUACUUUUUUAUUUAUUUAUUUAAAUGUUAUUUAUUCAUUUUAUUCUAACUAUUAUUUGAUAAUGUGUUCUAGAAAGCAGGAACUUUCACGUAUGUUUAAUAAAUGUCUCCCUCUCUUUAGUUAUUAGUUGUCAGGUAAUGAUAUGUGCCUUACAAUAAUAAAGCCUCGUUCAGGGUUGUUUUGGUGAGACAAAAUCAA